CCCAGCAGAGAGGAAGAGGCAAAGCGAGAGGAUUUACUCAGCCCAAAAUCUGUCAGCGUGAGAUAAGUGUUCUUGUUUUACCUUAGUGGAGAUAAGCCCUUUUUUCUAUUGAGGUCUAUAAGAGUUUCGAAUACCGUAAGGCUUAAUUGAUCAAAUAGAAGUUUCGCAAUGUUUAGUCUGUUAAAAUGUACUGAUAUAAUUGGAGGCACGUGGAAUUCUGACAACUUUGAGAAAAACGACUUGGUUUUGCCUGUUGUUCACACGCGUAUCUGCCCUCUCAUCGGCUAGAAUUGUCCCAGCUGUUCACGCCUGCCUUCGAUCACUGAGCACAUUUCCAUUGUUAGAGCGGUCACUCAGCUAUCUUGUCAAUAUAUUACAUUAUCUUCGUUACCAGUCGAACCAGCGGUUGGUAACGGGCUCACUCAGUGUUGGAAAUGCAGCCGCCACUCCCACCAGAUGAAGUCAGGGAGCUGGUGUGUUCCUGUCUUCACAGGGACCCAGUAGCUGCUGACCUGAGAUGCAGCCUGUUUGUUGCUGCUGCUCAGAGCUACAAGAGGGACUCACUGCUCAGACCCUACCCCCCCAGAUACAUCAGAGACACUGACACCAAGGAGUUUGAUGAGCUGCUGUCAGAUGUGAGCAGUUUGCCUGGUGUGAGGGAGCUGGUGAAAUUGAGACCUGGCAAAGCUGACCAUCAUCUGGCCCUCACACACUGGGUUCUCUUCUCCAAGAGCUUCGCUGUGAAGACACUACAGAAAGACGAGUAUGUCAAGCUCUGUAACCUGACAGAGGCUGAGGGGAUCUCUAAGCCGGUCCCGGACUUUCUGUUUGAGCUAGAGUACUGCGACCAGAUGAACGUUAAGUUUGAGAAGACGCGGGCGGGACGCGACCUCUUCUAUGCAUUCCACGGCAGCCGACUGGAGAACUUCCAUUCUAUCAUACACAACGGACUACACUGCCACCUCAACAAGACGUCAUUGUUCGGAGAGGGCACCUAUCUUACCAGUGACCUCAGCAUGGCGGUCCUCUACAGUCCCCAUGGCAAUGGUUGGCGCGACAGCCUCCUGGGACCGUUGCUAAGCUGUGUCGCCAUGUGUGAGGUCAUUGACCACCCAGACGUGAAGUGCCAGGUAAAGAGGAAAGACUCGGAGAUCAUUGACCGGCAGCGAUCCAGAGCCAGGAACAGUGAAGGAGGAGAGGUCCCUCAGAAGUACUUUGUGGUCACCAACAAUCAGCUGCUCCGAGUCAAAUACCUGCUAGUGUACUCUCAGAGAAGACACCUGUCCAGACAUUCCCAGGGCAGGUCGUGGCUGGUCAGACAUCACUUUGCCAUUAUGAUGAGUCUCUAUCUGCUGCUACUCAUCUUCAUCGGUACCUUCAACUCCACCACAUUCCUCUCCUUCUGGAACCGGCUCUUCCGGUGACGUCAUGGUGCUUUUCGACUUCAGCCCAAGAUGGUCCAGCCUGAGGCUUCCUAUGGGCUUAAACCCUGGGGUUUUACUAGGGAAAUUGUUUCCUUUCCAACCCUUGGGCUUGACCCUAAGGCACGAGCGUGAAACUCAUUCCACGGAGUGCCGAGUGUCUGCAGGUUUUCGCGCCUCCCUUGUACUUGAUUGAUGAAUUAAGGUCACUGAUUAGUAAAUAACUCCCCUCAACUGGUUGUCUAGGUCUUAAUUGAAAAGAAAAACCAGCAGACACUAGAGCCUCCAUGGAAUGAGUUGGAGACCACUGCACUUCAAACUUGGGAAGAGCAGUGUGUCAAGUUCAACAACCUGUGAAAUUUCAACAGUUUCUUAUGAGAAGGAAUAGUUCAUCUAGACAUGGACCAUUCUUCUCAUUCAUAGUGCCUUCCCUAACACAGAGACAGACCAGACGGACAGACCAGACGGACGGACAGCACAGGAGACAGACCAGAUGGACGGACAGCACAGGAGACAGACCAGAUGGACGGACAGCACAGGAGACAGACCAGAUGGACGGACAGCACAGGAGACAGACUGGACGGACAGCACAGGAGACAGACUGGACGGACAGCACAGGAGACAGACCGGACGGACGGACAGCACAGGAGACGGACCAGGCAUACGGACCGGACGGACAGAUGGACAGCACAGGAGACGGACCAGACGGACGGACCGGACGGACGGA